AGUCGUACUCGUAUUUUUGAUUUGUACCUGUAAUUACAAGUACAAAUUAUUUUUACGCAUACGAAUAUUUUUGACAGUGAUCUCCCCCUCCAUAAUAUAACCCCAGUCAGAGACAUUUGUUUUUAAUUUGUAUCCGGUAGAUGGCGGUAGCUGCUCAAAAGUUCCAUUCUCUGUUGGAAAAAGGAAGUAUGACACGGAAGAAGACCGUUUGUGUUUUUGAGAGAAGAAGAAACAUUGUAACGGGUAGUGUGAGAGUUGAAAUUGACCUCAUACAUUGUUUACAGCAGAUACCAGUCAAUAAACUACUCAAAACUGUUGUUUGUAAAAGAGCUGCUGAUAUUUCUGUGAAGAUUACAUUGUACGAGGUUUCCAGUAUAGACAGUCUUCCUCAGAGCAUAAGAAAAGCCGCUGUGUUUGUAUUAAUGGAAGAGGCGAGAGUGAGACGCGUCUCUGAAAUGAAAGAAGAGAUGGAUAUCUGCGCAUCCUCCGCGUCUCUCCUUGAGGAAGAACUCGCCUCUGCUAUCGAGCCUGCAGUGAAAGCGGCUGUGCUGAGCGUCAUGUCUGCAUUAGCAAAGUUCGUGGACAGUAAAUGUGCAGUUUUCAAUCUCAGACUGGACGAAAGAGACCAAGAAUUUGAAAGCGUGAGAUUGCGAUUGGAAAUAGCGGAGAGCGAGUUGAAAGCAAUGCGAGACGGAGAAUACACGAACACUGGCGAUAAGAACUUCACCCAAUCUCUCACAAACACCAAUGAACAAUACUGCGGGGUUGACAUGGAUGUCAUUCACGUCCCCGAGCUGCAGCAGGAAGAGCACAGAUUGGUCCACACGAGGACAGCGGAAUGGAGACACACAGUGGAAGGUCCUGCAGAGAGAAAUGCUCUCCCUCAUGCUGAGGAAGGGUCGAAGGCAGAAUCAGUUCCCAUUCAAGAGGAGAUCUUUGACCAGGAAUGGUGCAGGAGUCCAGAGCAGGCUACAGAGCUGACAUCUAUUGAAGGGGAGGAGAAGAAACCUGCACUAGAUCCUGUCCACAUUAAUGAAGAGAUCCCUGGAAUUGAACCGGUCAUCAUUAAAGAGGAGGUUCUUGAACUUGAAUUUGACCCCAUUGAAGAGGGGGGUUCUGACCACUUUGAAAAACUGCAGCAAAUUCACAUCUGUACUGUGUGUGGGGAGAGUUAUACUAAGUUAAGUGACCUGACGUUACACCAGCGUAUUCACACAGGAGGGAAGCCGUAUCUGUGCACAGAAUGUGGGGUGACGUAUUCUGACUUAAAUAACUUGAUGAAACACUUGCAAAUUCACUCCAGAGACAAACUAUACCAAUGCAGCGAAUGUGGGAAGAGUUUCAUUACAAAAGAUGAGCUAAAAAGACACCAUCGAAUUCACACAGGAGAAAGACCGUACUGCUGCACUGAAUGUAGAAAGAGAUUCAAUACCUCUACUGAUCUGAAGAGACACCAUCGCAUUCACACAGGAGAGAAGCCGUACUGCUGUGGUCAAUGUGGCAAGAGUUUCAAACAGUCUCAACACCUUAAAACACACCUGCGAACUCACUCAGGGAAUAAAUAGGGUUGCAGAAAACCCUGUGAGCUUGUUUUAUCAAAACUCAAAAGGCUGUUUUAAGAGGAUCCAUGUAAGAUAGUUUCUUGAAGAAGCCAUUUAAGAACCCACUUAACAGCAGCUCAGUCCCACUCCCCCUGAGCAGCUCAAAGCUGCAGAGCAGAUUCCAUUGGUGACCCGAGUGAGGGGAAGAAUUCUCUCAGAUGCUCACUUACAGGCCUUAAGGGAGCAAGAGGUUUCUGGGAUGUGUGUGUCUUUUUUUCUGUUCAUGGUGAAUGAUAGCUGGAAUAUACUCUAUCAGGAGUCAUCAUUUGUUGUGAUGGGAUGGGUUUCACUUUUUAAAAUACUGUGUGCAGCAGCUAACUUUGUUAUGCAUCAGAAAUGAAGGCUUUUUGGCUUGAGAGUUAUCUCUGUUUUUGCUACACGCCAGUCGGAUACCAUGGAGUCUGUUUUCAGGUGUGUUUUUAAUAAGCAAAUCCAUUAUGUUAUGUGCUGCAGUUAAUUGUGAAAGAAGGGAAUCUUUUCUUCAUUUAAAUACUCAAAUGUCUUGUUCUGUAAUAUUAAUAAAAUAAAUAUUUUAAACAUUUGCCAACAUAA